ACGGCAGAAGCUGACGAGAACGAAGCUCUAACCUUUUCCUCAACAAGGAGAUCACCACUGACUGUUCAUCUCAACCAGCAAGAUGUCAUCAGCUAAGGGAAUAUCCAUUGGCAUCGAUCUGGGCACCACCUACUCUUGUGUCGGGGUCUUCCAGCAUGGAAAAGUGGAAAUUAUCGCCAAUGAUCAAGGCAACAGGACAACUCCCAGCUACGUGGCCUUUACCGACACAGAGAGGCUCAUUGGGGAUGCUGCCAAGAACCAAGUUGCCAUGAACCCCACCAACACAAUCUUUGAUGCCAAACGGCUCAUUGGAAGAAGGUUUGAUGACCUGGUGGUCCAGUCUGACAUGAAACUCUGGCCCUUCAAGGUGAUCAACGACAACGGAAAGCCCAAAGUCCAGGUGGAAUAUAAAGGAGAAAUUAAGACAUUCUGUCCUGAAGAGAUUUCCUCGAUGGUCCUGGUUAAAAUGAGAGAAAUAGCGGAGGCCUUUCUGGGACAGAGGGUGUCGAAUGCGGUCAUCACAGUGCCAGCUUACUUUAAUGAUUCCCAAAGGCAAGCCACAAAGGAUGCUGGAGUGAUCUCCGGACUAAAUGUUCUCCGCAUCAUAAAUGAGCCGACAGCUGCAGCCAUUGCCUACGGCCUUGAUAAAGGCAAAAGAGGAGAGCGCAAUGUCCUCAUCUUUGACCUUGGUGGAGGCACUUUUGACGUGUCCAUCCUGACCAUUGAGGAUGGCAUAUUUGAGGUGAAAUCCACGGCCGGGGACACACACCUCGGCGGAGAGGAUUUUGACAACCGAAUGGUCAGCCACUUUGUGGAGGAGUUUAAAAGAAAGCACAAGAAGGACAUCAGCCAGAACAAGAGAGCAGUGAGGAGACUGCGCACAGCUUGUGAGAGAGCAAAGAGGACCUUGUCCUCCAGCACUCAGGCAAGCAUUGAGAUUGACUCACUCUUUGAGGGCAUUGACUUUUACACCUCGAUCACAAGGGCACGCUUCGAGGAGCUCAACUCAGACCUCUUUAGGGGAACACUGGAGCCAGUUGAGAAGGCCCUACAAGAUGCUAAGCUGGAUAAAUCCAAGAUCCAUGAAGUUGUCCUAGUUGGUGGCUCUACAAGAAUCCCCAAAAUCCAAAAGCUCCUGCAGGACUUCUUCAAUGGUAGAGAACUAAACAAGAGCAUCAACCCUGAUGAAGCAGUGGCCUAUGGUGCAGCAGUCCAGGCUGCUAUCCUCAUGGGUGACACCUCAGAAAAUGUCCAAGAUUUACUGCUCCUGGAUGUGGCACCCUUGUCGCUGGGCAUUGAGACAGCCGGUGGCGUUAUGACACCUCUUAUCAAGCGAAACACCACCAUCCCCACAAAGCAGACUCAGAUCUUCUCCACAUACUCAGAUAACCAGCCAGGAGUCCUGAUUCAGGUCUAUGAAGGUGAGAGAGCCAUGACAAAGGACAACAAUCUCCUGGGGAAGUUUGAGCUCUUGGGUCUUCCUCCUGCUCCCAGAGGCGUGCCACAGAUCGAAGUUACCUUUGAUAUUGACGCCAACGGCAUCCUAAACGUGUCUGCCGUCGACAAAAGCACGGGCAAAGAAAACAAAAUCACAAUCACCAAUGACAAGGGCCGACUCAGCAAAGAUGAGAUCGAGAAGAUGGUGCAGGAUGCAGACAAGUACAAGGCGGAGGAUGACCAGCAGAGAGAAAAGAUCACGGCAAAGAAUUCCCUGGAGUCCUACGCUUACCACAUGAAGAGCAGCGUCGAAGACGACGCCUUGAAAGGAAAAAUCAGUGAGGAGGAGAAAAAGCUGGUUAUUGACAAAUGCAACCAGACAAUUUCCUGGCUGGAGAACAACCAGAUGGCAGAGAAGGAGGAGUAUGAACAUCAGCAGAAUGAGCUGGAGAGGGUGUGCAAACCGGUCGUGGCGAAGUUGUAUCAAGGUGCAGCAGCAGGAAGCUCCAGCAGUCAGGCUGGAGGAACCUCUCAGGGUCCCACUGUCGAGGAGGUCGACUAAAACUAACUGCAGCAUUUGACUGCUGGAUAAAGAUUUCUGACUUAUGUUUGGUUUCUGAAAAAAAA